CCCCCUUUCUUUCCCAGACUGGCAGUGCUUCUUUCCUCUCCCUCCCCAUCCUUCCCUCCCUCUCUUUCAAUUCUCUUUUGUUGCGCGCUUCGAGCUAGCACUGCUUGAGCUGCUUCUUGUCUCUCGCUUUUUGAAUCCAUCUUCCUUUUUCCCCUUUCUCCCCUCCCUCUUUCCCCCCCCCUUUUUUUGACCGACGCAAUCUUCUCUAGGGAAUCUUUUUCGUGUUGGUCUCCGUAUCCUCCUUAACGUCCUCCACCAAACAAGACCGUCGCCAUGUCUUCGCCGAUUGCGAACGGUUCCCCCGUCGCGUCCCGCGACUCCCCCACGCCCAGCGGAAAGGAGUCUCCUUUCGUGGAGCGCACCAACCCCAUGGGCUCCGGUAAUGCUCAGACUGUCAGCUCGCGCGACCCCAAGGCCGUAGCCCAGGCUGCCAACGACAUGAAGAACGUGGUUCGCCGCAAGCUGACCGGCUACGUCGGUUUCGCCAACCUGCCCAACCAGUGGCACCGCAAGAGUGUCCGCAAGGGAUUCAACUUCAACGUCAUGGUUGUCGGUACGUACAUCAAGAUACACGCUUCCCUCCGGCCUAUUCCCCGCCAAUUGGCUUGCAUGGGCACAUCUCACACGAUUACGUCGCAGGAGCGUACCGGCCCCAAUGCCGACAUUAUCCCCAAGACCGUGUCGAUCCAGUCCACCAGCGCCGAUAUUGAGGAGAAUGGUGUCCGCCUCCGCCUGAGCGUUAUCGAUACCCCCGGCUUCGGUGACUUUGUCAACAAUGACGACUCGUGGCGCCCUAUUGUCGAGAACAUUGAGCAGCGUUUCGACACUUACCUUGAGGCUGAGAACAAGGUUAACCGCAGCAACAUUGUCGACAACCGCAUUCACGCCUGUGUGUACUUCAUCCAGCCCACCGGUCACUCCCUCAAGCCUCUGGAUAUCGAGGUCAUGCGCCGUCUCCACACCAAGGUCAACCUGAUUCCCGUCAUCGCCAAGGCUGAUACCCUGACCGAUGAGGAGGUUGCUCUGUUCAAGCAGAGAAUCCUUGCCGAUAUCCAGCACCACUCCAUCCAGAUCUUCGAGGGUCCCCGCUACGAGCUCGAUGACGAGGAGACCAUUGCCGAAAACCAGGAGAUCAUGUCCAAGGUUCCCUUCGCUGUCGUCGGUGCCAACUCCGAGGUCACCGCCGCUGAUGGCCGCCGUGUCCGUGGCCGUAGCUACCCCUGGGGUGUCAUCGAAGUUGACAACGAGGAGCACUGUGACUUUGUCAAGCUGCGCCAGAUGCUGAUCCGCACCCACAUGGAGGAGCUCAAGGAGCACACCAACAACUUCCUGUACGAGAACUACCGCUCGGACAAGCUCACCCAGAUGGGUGUUGCUCAGGACCCCAGCGUGUUCAAGGAGGUCAACCCUGCCGUCAAGCAGGAGGAGGAGCGCACUCUCCACGAGCAGAAGCUCGCCAAGAUGGAGGCCGAGAUGAAGAUGGUCUUCCAGCAGAAGGUUUCCGAGAAGGAAAGCAAGCUCAAACAGAGCGAAGACGAACUCUAUGCCCGACACCGCGAGAUGAAGGAACAGUUAGACCGGCAGCGCCAAGAACUAGAGGAAAAGAAAGCUCGCUUGGAGAGCGGUCGCCCCAUCGAAGAAAAGGGCAAGCGCAAGGGUUUCUCGCUCCGUUAAACCCCUCGCUCAGCUCCUUCCUCUUCGUGCCGUUGACGGCCGCUGCUGAAGUUGCCAUUUCAGUUAUGCAGUCCCGCUAUCUAUCGCUCUCGUUUUGAUCCCGUCUCCCUUUUUCCCAACGGGGUUCCAUAUUUCCUUGCUUGUCAUCUCCACACACGCACACUCCCUUACCCUGGACACCUUACGGUAUCCCCCUUUAACGCACACCUCUGUUGCAGCUUUUUCCUUGUUCCUUUUUUAUUUCCUUAUCUUCCACUGGAUGGGCCCACGCGUCGCAAAAAACAAAAGAGAAGAAUGGUUAUUGAAUAAUACGAUCCACGGGGGUCUCAAUCUCCAAAACUCAAACUUUGGAGAAAAUCAAAUUGUGACUAACCUUUUUUUCUUCCUUUUUUCUCUAACUACCCUUCUUGUGAUGUACUUUUUUGCUACGCCAUAUCUUGCUCCUUGCCCGCCUUUUCUGUGUGCCCUAUUACCCCCGCUCAUUAUUCUCCUCUUUUUUUUUCAAGUUAAUCCUUUUUUUUCUUGUUUUGAGUUUGUUGUUUGCCUUGUGUGUCCUUGGGGCAUAUUUGGUAUACAGUACCUAUCUUUGGGCUGUUUGGUCCGUGUCUUAGUCAAUUGCAGCGCUUCGGCAUUUCCUAGAUUUUGAUUUGUGAUUUAGUUUGGAGUAAAGGGUUAAUGUAGUGAUGAGAUUCGGGUGAGGUUUCUGUAGGCUGCUAGACGUUGG